AGUCCAACUUUAGGACACAGGAGAGACAAAGAACAAUCAGCUUUAAACUAGCUCUAAGAGGUUCCAAGGGUUACGCAGGUCGUCCCUUACCCUUCGAUCGACCUCCUUGGCUGUGUCUAAAACAACCUCAUAUCGUCCCCCUUGUGAUCGUUUCUUACGUCGACCAUGUACCACACCACGAAAUCCUUUACGAUGCGGUCGGCUCUUAAGGCCUCGGCCCUUCUCCUUGCUAUCAGUCUACCGGCGACAUAUGCUUAUACAGAGGAAUACAAUGGUUGUUACUCCGACUCAACGCCACUGCAAGAUCAGGGAACAUACACAUAUCAGAGUGAUGGAUACUGCCAAAAGCUAUGUUUAAAGAACAGCUAUUCCGUCUUUGCCCUGCAUAAUGGACAGGACUGCCUCUGCGGUAAUGAGCUACCAGCCGCCUCGGCGAAGGUUUCCGACAGCAAAUGUAACAUUGAAUGUGCCGGUUGGCCUAGUGUGAACUGUGGUGGCAGCAGCACCUACUCGGUUUAUCUUACUGGUAUCGACAACGACGUGGACAAUUAUUCGGCUUCGAGCACAACUACUUCCAGCACCGACAGCGAAACCUCUACAGCCACGACUCAACAACAAGCCCACGUUGUCACCAGUUCUGGCACCACGCAGACAGUAUAUGCGACAGCGGCAACUGAGACCGAGGCGUCGGCAACUCCAGCUGCCGAGAGUGCUACCGAACCUGCAGAGAAGAAGAAUGGCUCGAGCGCCAACACAGCUGCCAUUGCCGCGGGUGUUGUUGUUGGUGUGGUCGGAGCCUGUGCUCUUGCUGGCGCCGGUUUCUUCCUUUGGCGUUUCAAGAACCGCAAAGCGCAAUACCGCCGUAGUGUUGGCGUUGACAACUAUGGCAACCCGAUGUCGCAGCACAACAUGUCGGAUUCUAGGUUUGACGGCGAUUUUAUGGCACAGCGACGUCAGAGCAAUGGCAGCAUCGACGAUGACCAAGACUUUUCACGUCGGAUCCUGCAGGUGACCAAUCCCGAUCGACGCUAGAAGGUGUAUGAUUCCAAGUCUCCUAUGGACAAUGCCGUGUGAACCAUCUAGGUCCAAUCUCUGCAUUUUCCGAACGAUUAAGCCAUGCCCUUGUCUCAUAUUCUCUUACCUUCGAUUCGACCUUCGCUUGUCACAAUACGUUAAGCUUCAUGAAAGCUGCUCUCUCCCUCUUUUCCUAUUCUUGCCCGACCAUUCAGCAACCUUGCGAUAUUAGUGCAUGUCUGCAAACAGGAUAUGAUGUCACCAUCAUUGGCUAUGAAACAUAUCCCGCCCCAGUCUGGGUGCGGUUCAUACUGCGCGUGGCGCGUAACAA